GGUGGGCGGCGCGCGGCUCCGAAGACGCCCGACCGCCCCCGAAGAUCGCCGAGCCGGUCGCGUGGUCCCUCAUACGACACAACACUCAUUCACCGGCCUUCGCCCGUCGCACCGCAUUUUUUGAUCGCUCUAAAAAACGGUUGUCAAAAAACGCGGCCGCGUCCUGACCGGUUGCCGGUUGUGCGGUUCUGAUGUCGGUGGUGACUAUCGGUGGUUAAGCUAGUGAGUGUGUGAGAAUGUACCCCUGGUAUCGGGAGUCUGUGGGGCAGUUUUGCGGUACGGCCAGCCCCAUGCCUACUACCAUCAAGACGGAGAAUGGCUACAACGACUGUAUGUUGUCGGCGCUGGACUACGCGGCGCAGUCUAAGAAGGCCGCCUUCGUGUGGGAGGGCGCGGGAGGCCAGCACGGCGGCGGCGGUAGUGCCGGGGUGUCCGGGGCCCACGGCAAGUGUGGAGGGCCUGCGGGAGGCCAGGGACAGGGCAACCUCGUCCACUGGAUGUCCGUCAUGGCUGAGCACAUGAACAACGUGGGCACCAACCAUCACGAUGGCAUCCACUACAUGGCGUGGAACGGAGGAGUGGAGCAAUGUGGACCCCACGCCAAGGACAUGGAUUACUCCUGGGGAAGACAGUCCAUGGCCAAACAAGGAUACGAGGCGAAGAUGUCGACGGACCAACAAACGAACCAUGGGGUGGACGAUGGACGGAUGGAUCCUCCUGGAGGCCUGGGAGGGUUGUAUGGUGGCGCCGCCCGCUCCCACAGUUCUAGCAGUUCCUCGGCCUCGCCUCCCCACGGGGCAGCGACCCUCAUCGUCCCUCACCCCCUGGCUGCCAAGGGUCCUGACCAGCACCACGUGGUCACCCACAACGGCUCCGGCAGGAAGUACCAGUGCAAGAUGUGCCCCACGAUGGCGGGCAGUCACCCCCACCACCACUCCGCGCACACGCACAACCACGCGCACUCUAUGUACAACCAUGAGAAGAUGCAGAGGCCUUUGCUCAACUCCCAAGUGUUCGGCUCCAAGUCCGACCUGCAGCUCCAUUCUCAGCUGCACAUGCGCGAGGUGAAGCCCUACAAGUGUUCGCAGUGCAGCAAGACGUUCGCCAACAGUUCGUACCUGUCGCAGCACACGCGCAUCCACCUCGGCAUCAAGCCGUACCGCUGUGAGAUCUGCCAACGCAAGUUCACCCAACUCUCCCAUCUGCAACAACACAUCAGGACGCACACAGGAGAUAAGCCGUACAAGUGUCGACACCCUGGCUGCAACAAGGCCUUCAGUCAACUGAGCAACCUGCAGAGUCACUCGAGAUGUCACCAGACGGACAAACCGUACAAGUGCAACUCGUGCUACAAGUGCUUCGCCGACGAGCCUUCGCUGCUGGAGCACAUCCCCAAACACAAGGAGAGCAAGCAUCUCAAGACUCAUAUCUGCCAAUACUGCGGGAAGAGCUACACGCAGGAGACUUAUCUGACCAAGCACAUGCAGAAGCACGCGGAGAGAACUGACAAGCGACCUCCCAUCAUCGGCAUUCCUCGGGUCACCUUCGACACGCCUCACUACUGGCCCAAGGUGUCUCCGGAUACGGCGAAUAACCUGGUGGACGCUAUGAAUCAGCAGGACUACCACCAGAACGGACUCCUCCAGGAGCACAUGAACGGCGACGAAGGAGCGCCGUCGGCACCGCCCCCCACCCCCGGGGCAGCCAGUCCUGUCAACUACCACGACAACAAGACUGUCACCUCCUCAGCGUCGGCGUUCACCCCUAUACAGUCCAUGGGCCUGCCCACACACCAUCAUAACCACCACCUCAACCACCACCAGAUCUCCGACCCCCGGACCCCAGCGUACUUGUCCUACAACGCGCUGGCGUUCCCUGGCUCCAAGGUGGUGUCCUCGUCGUCGCAGCUCCAAGGGUUGGCCGGGGGAGUGCAGACUUCUGUGGCUAUGGAGAUGCCCAAGAGUAUGACUUCCAACAGCUUCCCUAAUCAACUCAUCUCUCUGCACCAAAUACGCAACUACGCCCAUCAGCCCGCCCCGUCACUCAUGUCCACAGAGCACAUCCUCACAGGACUCAAAGACAAGACCCAAUAAUGUUACGCCCCCUACUCGUACUCGGGAUAGGGACUCCCCCUAGAGUACGGGUGGUUCGACUGAACUCGGAUUUGUUGGUUCUCAGUUUCAAAAACUGUACAUUUAGAAUAUAUUUUAUAAAUUAUUACCCGAGCCCUGACGGGGUUGUUGUACAGAGUGAUAUUUUCUUGCCAGUUUACCCUCUCGAGUGCGAGAUUGCGGGAGACUAACUUAUGGUGUAAUUUAUGUGUACAUUUCACAAAUAAAUCGUAAACGAAAUCGCGAGUACAGGGGAACUAGUGUACAGUUACCGGUUGCAUCUCUUAUUGGAGUGGAACCGGACUUUGGAUGAAACCAAAUCUUUCCCCGAGUCCGGGAAAGUGAUUGUGAUUUAUUUUAGCUAUAUUUAAGACUAGAUUAUUUGUUAAGUCGAUUGUUUACGUUUUCCGCUGUGUACGCAGUCGCUUCGUGUUUCAUUUUGUUCCUGUUAAUAUUGUCGACUGUAAAUAUUGUAAUUAUGCAUUGUAAUGCGAGAUACUGUGAGCCCGAGCCGGGACUGAAACGUCGUCACUCGUCCAACUUAUCAUUUUACUAAGUAUAUUUUACGUUUGUAACCUCCCGUUUGACAGAGUGGUCAUGUUUUUAUCCCUGUGUUAUGAGUGUGUCUCCAGCAGAUGUAGUUUCGAAUGUAUUAAUUUAUUAUGUUUAAGUGUUAACAUGGAAGAAAACAGUAGAUAUAACCUUUUAAAUCCAUUUGAAUAAAGUUGAUUGGAAUUAUUGAAUGGUUCCAGUUCAAAUUAACCGCCAUUUAAGUUUAUAGGAUGUGGAAUUUAUACAUGCAAUCUUUGUUUUGUUAGUUUUUAAUACGUAAGUCUUGUUUGUUAUUAAUUGUUGAAAAUUACUUUAAUAAUUCUAAAAAUAUUUUUUAUUGUCAAUCCUGAAUAUAUAACCUGAAUUGAUUAUCAAAAAUAAUGUGUUGGUAUUGUCUUCUUUCAAUGAUAUGCCUAAUGCGCUCCUUAUGCCUAUGAGGGAAUGCUUAUGGAAUUAAAGGGGUCGAACCUUGUGUUAUACUAUUAUAAUGAGACAGUUUUCAAUGUAGUUUGAGUGAUAAAAGCAAUAUAAAUGUAAACUGUACUUUGUUUGUAACACUGUAUUUCGUAGUCUGCUGAAGACACACUGGGCGAGAUGUCUGAAGAAUUACCAGUUUAGCUUAGCGAAGCUUUGACUCUCGGAAAUGUUAAUGUGAUCAAUUUUUUUACUGGAUGUAGUGAAUAGAAGCAGGUUUCCAUUGUGUUCUAGUUGUCUGUUAAUCGUUGUACAACUCAGUUAAUUUCCCGGUUGAUUGUUACGAUACACUCGCAUUCUGUAGCUCCACGAAUGUUAUUUUUUUAUCGCCUCUGUUAAUUGUGUACUAAACGAAAGUUGGAGGACUCUGACUAUUUAUAUUUCCAAAUAUAAUUUCUUCUUUUGUAUUGAA